AUGGAUCAGCGUGAGGGCAAAGAGAGCGCCAUGUCGCGCAGCGAGUCUACGGUCAGCCGCCACACACCGCACACACCCUUCGGUCCGCCGGACAGCGUCAGCGUAGACUCCAACCCAAUGUCCACCAUAUACCGAUGCCGAGCACCCAUCGCGUCACUGGACUGUAUGGACGACUUCAGCACUCACUCCGCUCUGCACUUAUUUCAGCCAGCUAGCUGGAGCAAUAUGUCUCGUCAUGCAUCAGUGUACAUGGGGAACCAUGCAAGUAUGCCAUCAUCCGUGACUCCAGGACUUCGUUAUAAAAACUUGGGCAAGUCAGGGCUGCGGGUGCCCAACAUCGGCCUCGGCCUGUGGACUAAGCUCAACGAAGACGUUGCCGAAGACCUCGUCAUGACAGCUCUUGAGAGUGGCAUUAAUUUGUUUGAUUUAUCGGAAGCUCAUUACGCUCAAGGCGAAGUAGAUUUGGGAAGAAUUCUGAAAAAGAGGAACGUGAAACGAUCCAGCAUCAUUAUUACAAUAAAAGUUUAUUGGAGUACAAAGUCUGAAGAAAGAGGUCAGUCUCGAAAGCACAUUAUAGAGAGUGUAAAGUCGUCACUUGCGAAACUACAACUGGAGUACAUAGACGUUAUCCUUCUACAUAAAGUGGACCGCGUUUGCCCAAUGGAAGAAUUGGUGCGAACUAUGAACUACCUCUGA